AUGUUCAUCCAAAACUAUUUCACAUUAAUUCCCACGUUUUUAAGAAGUGACCCACCAGCGCCCCCGGGUGGCCCAAAGAUGUCACGUCGCGCCGUAACCAUGGCAGCACAGUCACAGGCACGCCUCGAGACAUGCGCAGUCUCGCCUUUCCCACAGGAAAACAAGUCUUUCCGAAACACGAUGCAUGAAUGGAAAUACUGUUCAUACAUCCAGCUCCUUUGCACCCACAAAUACACAACAUUACAGCUGUAUCAUCCAGCAGAGGUUUGAAGGUGUUUCUCCUGUAGCUAAUCACAAACUGACCCCCGCUAUCCCAAUAUGGUCGUGUCGGUGGAAGAAGUAGCCUCGUCCCUGGUGCGAGAAUUUCUAAGUCGCAAGGGUCUGAAGAGGACCAUCGCCUGCAUGGAUGAGGAGUCUCCCCGCACGGCGGCCAGCAUCAGCAACAGGUCCGACCUGAGACGGGUCCUCCAGGUUGAGGGUCUCUACAGUAACAACAAGGCUCUGAAUAGCCCCCUUAAAACCUUGCUGGAGAUUAUAGUGAAGUCUCACAUCGAGGGACCCACGGACGACCUCGUCUCUCUCCAGGGCGAUCCUCUCCACACAUCCCGAAGCAGAACCAACCUGAACACGCUCACUCAUGGGGACAGAAGCAACCCACAGUACCACACAGAAGAGGUUCCCAAAACACACCUAAACCAACGAUCAGUGAGACGGGACAACGGUUCUCUACGAGACACGCCGGUGUCUGGAAGCCCCUCCCCGCGUCAAAGUUCCCCCCCAGACGAGGACUCGGAUCCCGCUAAACAGCAGCCGCCCGGGGCCUACCUCCGGGACAACGUCUCUUUUCCCCGGAGGGAGACGGCAGCCAAUGAGAACGCGUUAAAGAACAGAGCCCAUCGCAGCCGACGAGGCGUUCUGGGAGGACCGAUAGCGAACACGCCACAGGACCCACACAAGAGGAGACCCUCCACAAGGGCGGGGCUGCCACCGUCGGCGGGGGGGCGGGAGUCCGGGCCGUCGGAGCACCCCGGCCUCUCUAAGGGGUCGGCUCGACGGACCCCCCGGGGGGGGUCCCCACCUGACCCGGGGGAGUCCAGUGCUGCAGGGCUCCUCAGAGACCAACAGCAGAGACAGGGUCCCGCGGAGGGCCGGAGGAGCCCUGGUACACACGACGGCGUGCAGAUCAGAAGACCCAAGCCGUCCACCGAUCUGACUAUGGAUAGCUCACAAUCAUCUGAGAUGGUCUUGGAUGACUUUGACUACGAUGAGGACUUCCAGGACGUGUCCCGGGUGUCUCUGUCCCAGAUGGACCUGUCCCAGGUGUCCCUACAGCCUGGUAGCCUCCCUCAGCACAGCCACAAGAGCAGCCGCAUGGACGUCCAGACAGCCACGGCGCUGAAAGAGGUUCUUCUUGGCUCGGGCUCGCGCUGCUUCAGCCCCGAGUGGAGGAACCAGGGCUUCGGCUUCUCCGAAUCCCCUGACCUCAGAUACGGGAUAGUUCAGAGAAAGGGCGGGCCUUGCGGGGUGCUGGCCUCCGUCCAGGCCUGCGUUCUGCAGAAGCUGCUGUUUGACGAUCCGAACCCGGCCAGUGAAGAGCUGGGCCGGCUGAGGCCCUCCGAUGCCGUGCGACGCCGCUGCCUGGUGUUAGCCGUCUCCGAGAUGCUGUGGAGGGCCGGGGAACACAAGACCGCCACGCUGGCCAUAACCUCAGGAAGAAGUCACUUUGUUCCAUCGGGCCACUACAAAUCCGAAGGAUUACUUGAAAAGGUGACCUGCUUCACCGCUGAUAACCUCAACGCCCUGCAGUGGCUGCUGGAGGAGCACAUCCAGCAGUUCGAGUCCGGUUCCUUCGGGUGUCUCCUGUUCUGUGUCUCCGCCGUGCUCUCCCGAUCGAUCGCAAAGGUACGGGAAGAUAUGGACGUGUCCAGCAACACGCUGAUAGGAGCCCACGGGUACUGCACACAGGAGCUGGUGAACCUGUUGCUGUGCGGCCAGGCCGCGUCCAACGUGUUCGACGGCCAGGUGCAGCUGGACUCCACCCUGCUGAAGGGGGUCACCCAGAGGUGCAGCAUCGGCCUGCUGUCCCUGUUCGAGCACCACAACAUCUGUCAGGUGGGUAGCCACAUGAAGACCCCCCUGUUCCCCAUCUGGGUGGUGUGCAGCGAGAGCCACUUCAGCACCCUGUUCGGCCUGCAGAGGGAGCUAGCGACCAAUCAGGACGGCCGCAGCCGCGGCCCCAGGGAGUUUGACCUCUACUAUUACGACGGGCUGGCCAAUCAGCAGCAGGAGAUACGCCUCUCCGUGUCGUUGGGCUGGGCAGCGGCAUUCCAGGAGGAUAACGACCCGGAGCUCACUCCUCCGCUGGAGCAGUGCAUCCGAACCAAAUGGAAGGAUGCCAUUGUGCGUUGGAACGACACGGAACCUAUUCUCUAGGAGGCAGAGGAAGAGCGGGAGAAGAUUAUGGAAACAGCGUUCUUCAGAGACGAGCCCCAUUUGUCAACAUUAUAUUCUGCCAAUCAAAGUUAAAUUUAAUGAUACAAUAAAAUUGUAUUGAUAGAUGUUUCGCUAAAGCAACAACUGAAAGACUCAAGCUGUUAGUCGUGACGCACGAGUAUAUUUUAUGACCAUGAUGUAUUGAUCUUACAACAUAAUUACGAUCCAUAAAAUAUUAUGAAGUAUAAUUAAAAGUAUGAUAUAUCAAAUGUAAGGCUAUGAUGGGACUAUAAUGAGCUCAUUUUGAUCAUGUUGGAAAAGGAUCAUAAAUAUAUUUGAUCCAAUUAUGUUUAUGGAUGCGUUAGCUUAGCGAGAUUUAUAUUACACCCAUGAUGUCAUAAAACGUGCAAAGAUGAUUACAAAUUCAUAUUUAAUGACUCUGUUUGACAGAUAUUUUCCGAUACUACACAAACUGCUGCGCUUUAUGUUUUGUGAUUCUUACUCCAGUUGAAACAGGUGCUGCGUUAUAGAGACAUGAUUUAUGGAUAUUGGACUGAAAGAGACACUACGCGUGUGUUUAGACUGCAUUUGUUUCCACUGCCCUGGAGGCUUUUAUUUCUAACUAAUCAUUUGAUCUCGAUCUGAUUAAUCAAAGAAUUAAGAACUUCCAACUCCAAUAAAGAUGAUAACGUGGCUUCUCUUAUCUGCUUAAACAGUGAAUUAUUCUAUUUCAUUAAGACAUGAUAAAGUUAGUGUAGGCCAUGUGGAGAAACCAGCCUCUCGUGGACCCC